CACCGCAACCGAACAAAGGAGAAUGGCGUCGUCGUCGUCCGUGCUGCGCCUGUACCGCGAGAUGCUGCGCAAUGCGGCCAAGUUCGAGACCUACAACUUCCGCAGCUACGCCACGCGCCGCGUGAAGGAGGACUUCCGCAAGAACAAGACGCUGCAGGCCGGCAGCCCCGAGCAGGAGAAGGCACUCGAGUUCGCGCGCGAGCAGGCGGGCGUGCUGUACCGCCAGGUGGCCGUCUCCAAGCUCUACCCGCCGCACAUUAAGAGCGUCAUGGAGACGCUCCCCAAGUAGGAGAAGUUAUUCCAGGUGUCGAAGCUUUAAUAGAGCGCGAUGACCCCUGCGUCGGUUGCACAUUGG